AUGGGUGAGACAGAUCUGACAGGACGGAAGACGAUUGCUUAUGAAACUUUGCAGGUUGAGUACCCGGAUGUCAAGUCUACAUUGGAAAAUCAUGUCACAGCCAAUGCACAAGCUCCCGCAUACUCUAUCCCUACAAUUAUUUGCCCCGAUGGAACAUACAUCGUGGAUUCACGUAAGAUUGCGGACUACAUAGAGCGUCAAAUCCCCAUUCCAUCGCUUCACUUGGACUCGCCUUACCUCGAGAAAGUCGAACAUUUGUGGUCUCAGUAUAUGAAAGCCAUUACGCCGAUAUUUAUUCCUCUAGUUCCAAAGCGGAUCCUCAAUGCGGAAAGUAUUGGCUACUGGUAUACAAGUCGUCCGGGAUUGAUUGGAAUGCCACUUGACCAAUUGGAGAGAGAGAAAGGUGGUGUUCGAGCAUGGAACGAGGCGGGGCCAGUCCUUCGGGAAGUGACUGUUUUGUUGAAGGAAAACGAAGGGCCCUUUCUUCUUGGGCAAGACUGCCAGCUACGCCGAUCUUGUAUGGGCUAG